GUAGGCUUCACUUAGUGCAGGAUCUCUUUAGCAAAACAGUUUGUAAACAUGGAUUUAAAUGGUCCUAAAACUACACUAGAACAUAUAAAUGCUCAGAAUGAUCAGAGUGAAACCGGCCAAGAAGUCUCACCUCGUGUAUUGAAGGAAACUGGCGAUGUCAAGGUUCAUAUUGAAUCAAAGCCCUCGCCUUCCACAACAAUGGCGGAUGAAUCACUUGAUUUCAGUGAAGAAGACAUAAGAAGGCAAUUGGAAGCCUUAGGAUAUUACAACGUACCUCCAUAUCGACUAAGGGAAUUUGCUUCAGAUCUUAAAAAGUUAGUAGAACAUGAAAAAUCAAGUUCAAGAAGUUCAUUUCGAAGUGAUUCAUUUGUAUCAUCAACUGAUGGUGAAGGGUAUCAUAUGCUUCACAGACACAGGAUUCCAUUAAAUGAAAGUAGAAGUAGACAACCAAAUGUCAAUAACCAGUCCAUAGUUGAACACUCCGUAUUUGGAAAAGAAAAUUCUCAUGGGUUGAGUAAAUCUGAUUUCCCAGAGGGAACAAGCCUUGUUGGUGACCACGAAGAUUUAAUCAUUCCUGAUCUAAACCUAUUAUUAGAAGUCCUGAUAGGAAAGUUAUGAGAAAAAGGAAAGUUGUGAGGAAAGUAGGAGGUCAUUCACAAGUGUUUGAUGAAUCAAUAACUGAAAGUGAACAAGACGAUGUAAGCAUACUGAGAGACAGAUUUGACCAUCUUCCGAUCAGAGAGGAUGAUGCAUCAUCUGUGACUGAGAGUGAAACAUCAGCAGAUGUUAUCCAACAAAUUUACAGUAGGAGACCGUUUUCAGCGAGACCAGACUUGUUUCCAGACAGCAGCAGGGUUUCAAGGGAAGAAGAUAGUAUAUAUGCUCCUAAUUUACCAAGAUCAUUUAUACGUCCUGGUACAGCUCACCCACAUACAAAGAAUCUCCGGAAAACUGAUCCAGUUACCAGAUAUCAUUUAUAUCAACAAAGUUGGAAUUCAUACAAAGUUCCUGGUGAGAAGAAUAGAAAAGAGCUGCGAUGGGCAGUGCGGGAAGCAAAUGCUUCAUAAAGAUGAGGUGUAUCGACCCAAACGUGACCAAAAGGUGUUUGUACCAAACAAAUACGUUGUACCCACUGAUAAGAAAAGACAAGCUUUACGAUGGGAGAUACGAACUGAUAUGGCACACUGUCAGAUGCCAGCUAGUGGGAGAUUUUAAAAUUCAGAAUAAAAUAGAAUAUUUAAAUUA